AUGGUUAUUGGUGGGAUUCUGGUACGGAUAGGAGAAUUCAUUGGAAAGCUUGGAAUAGCAUGUGCAUGCCUAAAAAGUUUGGAGGCCUGGGUUUCAAAGAUCUACGAGCAUUCAAUUUGGCCAUGUUGGGAAAACAGGCUUGGCCGAUUUUUAAUUAAACCCAAUUCACUUGUGGCAAAAAUUUACAAGGCUAGGUACUUUCCUAAGUCCUCGUUUAUUGAUGCCACCCUGGGAAAUUGCCCGAGUUUCUGUUGGCGUAGUAUUAUGGCCUCUCAUGAUAUGGUCUGUAAUGGUGUAAGACGCAGGAUCGGGGACGGGAAAUCAACAUUGAUCUGGGGGCACCCCUGGUUGCCUGAUGACCCUACCCCCAUGAUUCAUUGCCCCAUGCCACCAACACUAAAUGGUUCACUGGUUUCUGGUUUAAUCAAUGAAGACACUGGCUCAUGGGAUCACUCAAUUCUCUGGGAUAUUUUCCUCCCUAGUGAUGUGAACCGUAUUACAAAAAUUCCAAUUUCUCCUGUCUAUGAGGAUUCUUGGUUCUGGCAUGGUGACCCAAGGGGUUGCUACACAGUCAAGGGAGGCUAUAGAUAUUUGUUGGGAGAAGUGGAAGUGAACCCCUCAUGUCCUAAGUGUGGGCUAGCUAAUGAAGAUGUUAUGCAUGCACUUGUUUUGUGUGACUAUUCACAUUUGGUUUGGCAUGAGGCUUCAUUACCCUUGUCAUCUAUUCCUGGUGAUAAUUUUUGUCUUUGGUUUUCAAAUGCUUUAACUAUAUUGACUGAGGAGAAUGUGGGCUUGGCUGUGGCAGUUCUCUACAAUAUCUGUCGUGCAAGGAAUACAGCUGCCUCAUCUGCUUUGCAUGCAUGGAAGGAGGUCCAUUGUCAUGCCACACCUGCUGCUCACACACUGCCGAAUACGCAGCAAGCUCCCAUCGACGCCGUAGCACUCCCGUCGACCAACCGGAGGCGCUGCUUCUUCGAUGCAGGACAUCACGCCGGUUCCAUGCGAAGCACUUUUGGAGCUGUGCUGUUAUCACACGACGGAGAAUUCAUAAUGGCGUGCGCAAGUUUGCUCCCGGAUUGUUUCACAACUUUGAUAGCCGAAGCUGCAGCAUGCAGGGAAGUGUUGGCCUGGCUGAGACGCAAAGAUGUUGGAGAUGUUCACCUUUUUACAGAUUGUUUGCAGCUUCGCCAAGGGUUGGCAGCAAAGGACUCAUCAAAUCGUUCCUACGCUGGUCUCAUUAUUGAUGCUUGCAAGGAAGCUAUGUCAACUUUCAGCUAUUGUCGAGUCGAUUGGGUAGCUCGUUCAGCAAAUACAAUUGCACACUCUCUAGCCACUUUGGCUUUUUCAUCUACUGAUUUCGAUGUACUGGGACUCUGUCCCGCCCGACUCUAUUUCUGA